AAGAAGUUCAACGUGUACACACACACACACUCACUCUCUCGCUCCACACACACACUCUCUGCCUACACAACCUCCUCUCCCAGGACACUCCCCCUCGCUGUUGUACCACCUACCUCCACGCCCUUCGCCCCGUGUCUCCUCAUCAAUCUCUACCUACCGUCUCUCUCUCUCGCCUCUCUCGCUUUCCUCGUCCCACUGUCUCCUGACUCUCGUGCCAGCCUUCAGCAUGAGUGGGAGCGGUGGUGCACUGAAGGAGGCGGUGGCUGCUGAUGGUGCUGCUGAUGGUGCUGCUGAUGGUGGUGCUGAUGGUGAUGCCGGUGUAGCCGCUGUUUCUGCAGCUGUUGGCGGUGCUGCUGCUGUUGUUGUUGCUGCUGCUGAUGGUGAUGAUGAUGGUGGAGACCGUGUGUGGGAGCCUCCAGCCAGAGCUCGGGAAGGAGCUCACAUCCCGGACAUGAGAAGCUACCGGGAGACGUACAGACGUUCCGUGACACAGCCUCAGGAGUACUGGGCGGAGGUGGCGCAGGACUUCCACUGGGAGACCCCGCCGAAGGGCCCCAGCCUUGAGUACAACUUCGACCCUGGGCAGGGCCCCGUGUCCAUCAAGUGGAUGAAGGGGGCCACCACCAACGCCUGCUACAACGUGCUCGACCUGAACGUCCACCGGCACAAACUCGGCGACAAGGUCGCCUUCUACUGGGAGGGCAAUGAACCGGGGGACUGCAACCAGAUCACCUACAAGGAGCUGCUGGACCAGGUGUGCAAGUGCUCCAAUGUGCUGCUGUCACACGGCGUGGGCAAGGGCGACCGCGUCGCCAUCUACAUGCCCAUGAUCACGGAGCUCGUGGUGGCGAUGCUGGCCUGCGCUCGCGUCGGAGCCGUGCACUCGAUCGUGGUGAGCAGUCGUGCAGCUGGGUUCUCCUCCGACUCGCUGAGCGAGCGCAUCCUGGACUCCAAGUGCUGCAUGCUGAUCACAGCCGACGGAUUUUACCGCGGGCAGAAGCUCGUCAACCUCAAGGAGAUCGCUAACGAGGCCCUGCAGAAGUGCAUCGACAGGUGCGUGUGUCGCACCACGUGGUGCAUUGUGGUCCGGCACUUGGGCUGCGACUCGGAGAACGGAAACGAGGAGAGCACCCCGUGGCAGGCGGGCCGCGACGUGUGGUGGCACGCAGAGAUGGCGGUGGCAUCCACCGACUGCCCCCCAGUGUGGUGCGACGCCGAGGACCCCCUCUUCAUCCUCUAUACGAGCGGCUCCACCGGCAAACCCAAGGGCGUGCUGCACACGGUGGGAGGAUACGUGGUGUACGCUGCACACACGCACAAGCUGGUGUUCGACCUCCGCCCCGACGACGUGUACUGGUGUACGGCCGACAUCGGCUGGAUCACCGGCCACUCCUACAUCACCUACGGCCCGCUCGCCAACGGAGCCACCAGCAUCCUGUUCGAGGGCAUACCCACCUACCCGGACCAAAGCCGCUGCUGGCAGGUGGUGGAGAAGUAUGGCGUGACCAAGUUCUACACCGCCCCGACGGCCAUCCGCCUGCUCAUGAAAUAUAAAGACGAGGACGUCUUCAAACACAACGUGUCGUCGCUGAAGGUGCUGGGCACCGUCGGCGAGCCCAUCAACCCAGAGGCCUGGCGCUGGUACCACCGCGUCGUGGGCGGGGGACACUGCCCCAUCGUGGACACGUUCUGGCAGACGGAGACGGGUGGCCACGUCCUCACUCCUCUCCCAGGAGCCACUCCCCUCAAGCCUGGCUCAGCCACCCUGCCGUUUUUUGGGGUUGUACCGGCUAUCUUGAACGAGCACGGAGAGGAGUUACACGGGGAGGCCGAGGGAUACCUGGUGUUCAAGCAGCCGUGGCCGGGCAUGAUGCGCUCCGUGUACGGAGAUCACCAGCGCUUCGAGGCCACCUACUUCCAGAAGUUCCCGGGGUUCUACGUCACGGGCGACGGCUGCAGGCGCGACAAGGAUGGCUACUACUGGAUCACAGGCCGCAUCGAUGACAUGCUCAACGUGUCCGGCCACCUGCUGAGCACGGCGGAGGUGGAGUCGGCGCUGGUGUCCCACGCCAGCGUGGCCGAAGCGGCCGUGGUGAGCGCGCCACACCCCGUCAAGGGCGAGAGCCUCUACUGCUUCGUGUCGCUCAGGGAGGGGCAGCAGUUCAGCGGGGACCUCGUCAAGGAGCUCAAGCAGCAGGUCCGAGAAAAAAUUGGGCCCAUCGCUACCCCGGACUACAUCCAGAAUGCACCUGGACUCCCAAAGACCCGAUCAGGUAAAAUCAUGCGGCGGAUCCUGCGCAAGAUCGCCCGCAACGACACCAAGUUCGACGACACGUCGACGCUGGCCGACCCGGCCGUCAUCGACUCGCUGCUCGCACUCCGGUGCGCCGUCGUGCAAUGAGCGACGCGCGGUCCCGCCGGGGCGCACGUGGUCGCUGCCGAGGGGCGCUGCCGAAAGGGGCACGCGGCGACCCGACGGCAAAACGCAACAAACGAACACGACAACGGCAAGACGGUCUCGGUCAAAGAAAAAGUUUGCGGUGUGGUCGCGCCCGCACCUUGGGUGGAUUUACAGGCCCAAGAGAUGUGUGAAGUGUCAACGUCCCACUAAUGAUGAUUAUUUUAUCGUACGGGAAUCGGUAGCCAAUAGAUCACACGUGGGUUGCGCGUGUCCCAGCAAUGCGGCCUUGUGGUUUCCUAUUCCAUGCUGUGGAGAGCUGCUGUCUUUGCAGGCAGUGUUAGCCAAUCACAAAUGACCUCAUACACUCCCUCUAGGAUGUAUCGGUAUCCAAUCACGAUGUUGUUUCAAUAGAAUGUUGACGAUGCACUCCUUCGUGUGAUUGGAUGAAUAGUCGCGUUGUAGGGGUUGCAGUUGAAUGUUCAAAUUAUUUCGUUUUUAAAACGUCGUAGUGUCACGCGGCCUCGGGUGGAAGCAGGGAUCACGUUGAACGAACUGCGCACGACUCCCACAAACGGGGGCGGUGUGAUUGCUUCGCGCACGGUUUCAGCGCGCGUGUCAUGAAUGUUGGCGUAGAUUUUAAUCGAUUCGGCGGCAUCGCUCGUGAACGGCCAUGCCGUGACAUCACAUUCAAAUUCAUCCGCAAUUUAAUAUUGAUCAACGAGAGCGUACAAUGUCGCAUGCCAGGAGGUCGCACAUCCGUCCUGACCAGUUAACCGGCCACACCCCGUGGCAGUAUUGGUUACACGAUUGUGCAACUGUAAUUUUACAUUGAUGUUCACGAAUCCGGCCCUGUUGCAUACGGUCACGUGUUAUUAAUCGUCAUGUCCCCCCCCACUCCUGUGUUUAACGGCAGCUUGCGAAUUAUUUUUGUCCGGCAAACCUAACGACGCGCAUUAUCGACGUCAUUUUCUAGAGGUAUUCACGUAUCAGGCUUUUUCAGAAUCAGAAUCUGUAUUUAACCUGAAGGAAUCCAAUGAGCUAUGUGGAGCUCCUUUUCACAGAUGUCCAGUAAGUUACAACAGAAAACAAUAAAAAAAACACACAGGAGUCCAAAGUAGAGAAAAC